UUUCGACUACUCUCAUCGCUAAUGUCAAACAAUUUUAUUAUAAUUUCAUCAUGUCCAAAAUAUUCACGCCCACAAAUCAAAUUCGACUCACAAAUGUAGCCAUUGUGAGGCUAAAGAAGGGUGGCAAGCGCUUCGAGAUUGCCUGCUACAAGAACAAAGUUCUGUCCUGGCGCAGCAACAGCGAAAAGGACAUCGAUGAGGUGCUGCAAACUCACACUGUUUUCACAAACGUGUCCAAGGGCCAGGCGGCCAAGAAGGAUGAGCUGCAGAAGGCCUUCAACAAGACAGAUGAAACCGAAAUCUGCAAAGAGAUUCUGAGCAAGGGCGAGCUACAGGUCUCGGAGAAGGAGCGCCAGAGUGUGCUGGACACGCAGUUAAGCAGCAUCAUCAACAGUGUCGCUGCGCUCUGUGUCAAUCCCGAGACGCGUCGCCCCUACUCGGCCUCGAUCAUUGAAAAGUCCCUCAAGGAUGCGCAUUUUUCGGUGAAGAUGAACAAAAACACGAAGCAGAACACGCUGGAGGCCAUCAAAAUGCUGCGCGAGCAUCUGCCCAUCGAGCGUUCACGCAUGAAGCUGCGUGUUAGCUUUGCGGGCAAGGAAGGGGGCGGCAAGCUCAAGGAAUCCGUCGUCAAGCUGGCCAACGCCGUGGAGCAUGAGGAAUGGGAGGAGUCUACUCUGCAUUUGACGCUGCUGAUCGAUCCAGGGCAGUAUCGCGUUAUCGAUGAACUCGUGCGCAACGAAACCAAGGGCAAGGGUCUGCUGGAGCUGCUCGAACUCAAAGAGGUCGUGGAGAAUGAGGAGGUCUUCUAGGUGUGGACAUUUAUACGUGAUUAUUUAUGUGAAACAGAGUACAGGUUGGAAGAGAUAAUAUAACAAAUUUCAUUUA